UCUUAUUUAUAAUUUGUAAAUGUGACAACAUUUACAUCACACCAAGUAUCGUUCCUUCUAAUUUUGUUGUUGUUUUUGUUUUUGAUGGCACUUAUAAAUAAUGUCAAUUUGUUUAAAGCAUAUAAAAUUCUGUGAGAUACAUUGUUUUAAACAUAGAUCACCAACAAUAGUUACACAUAAAUUCACUUUUAAAAAGACUUUACAUAAAUCAUCUUGUGGAUUAAAAUAUAUUGACAAGCGAACACCAUCAUCAUCAUCAUCGUCUUCUUCAACAGGUGGUUGUCGUUUCGUAAGAAGUUUUGGGGAAUUUCCUAAGAAAAAGCAUGAUGGGUUAUCAUCCACAGACACAGAAACCAUGCCAUCUAACAGAAAAGGUAAUGGCCGAUUAACUUUAUUAACUGGAUCGAAAAAUCGGCGUAUAAGUGGUCGCCAUCAUAGUGUACAGUACAACAAAGAAAAUGAACAAUCUACUAAAAAUGAUCAAAAUUGUUUGGAUCCAAAUAAAGUUGGCAAAGAGAAUUUGAAUGUUGGUUUACGACGCAAUACUGUCUGUAGUACUACUGGUGCUUUUAAAUCGAUUAGAACACGUGGUUUGAUGGAGUUGAGAAAGUCUAACAAAAAUAAUAAUGUUGAACAAACGAAGAAACUAAAGUCGGAAAAAUCCAAGUCUAUAGAUGAUUCAGUAGUAGGAUUGAUACAUUUUCGAAAGCUUACUCUAGAUGAUAAUAAUCUACAUAAGAUAACGGAUUGGAAUCAAAUUCAGAUUAAAAGUGAAGAAUGUGUUUUCCAAUGUCAAUCAUAUGAUCAAAUAGUUGACGAACAAUUUACAGGAAUAAGUACUAGUCAGGAAAGUGAUUUGUACAUAUGCAAAAAGGAUAGAAGAUUGAUUAAAUGGUCUGUUUUAGAAAGCACCAAAAUGAUGACAGCGUUAUUCUUUGAUGAAUUACCAAUAAUUUUUGAAAAAGAGAUUAACAAUGGAAUAGCAGGAAAUGAAAUUCUUUCUGAAUGUUAUUGUGAUAAUAAUAACAAUAGGUCCAACGAGAAAGUAAAACCAUACUAUAGUCAUCGUUCAGUAAUUUCACUGCCACGAUCUGCAGCCGAUGAACAACAUUUGGGAGAAUUUCACUUAAACCAUGAACGCAUUUUUCGUUACUUAUUCAUCCAAGAUUUGAAAGCGGCUUCGUAUUAUCAGGCGAAUUUCUUGGGACGACAUGGUUUGACAGAAACUGUAAGAGCAACUCUCUGCGAUUGGAUGAUAAGAGUACAACAGUAUUUAAAGUUGCGCACAGAGUCAUUGCAUCUAGCUGUCAGUCUAGUUGAUCAGUAUACCUGGAGACAAAUAACUUUAUAUCCGUCAGAAUACCAGCUACUUGGUGUUACAGCAAUAUUUAUUGCUGUAAAAUUCGUUGAACGCUUCCCUCCAGCAACUAAAAUUUUGUGUUAUUUAACUGAGGAUUCGUAUAAUUCUAAACAGGUGCUAGAUUUUGAAUUUAAAAUGUUAGAAGCAUUGGAUUUUGAUAUCAAUAUACCCUUACCGCAUCACUUUUUAGAUCGUGCUUUUGCAGCUUGUAAUGAUCUAACUCUAACUGGCAAGGCAAAGAUAGAAUUAGUUUGUCGUUAUCUUUUCGAAUUGAACUUAACUGAACUAUCAACUGCAGGUACUUUAGCUAGUGUAAAAUGCGCAGCUGGCGUCUACUUGGCACGUGAACUUAUACGAUUAGAGUAUGAAAAUGGAAAAAGCGAAACAGAUGAUAUUCGGAUUGAAAAUAAUGGCAGUUUGGGUUUAUCAGUAACAUUUGAAACAUGGCCAAAAGCACUUGGCCUAAGUAUGGGACAUGAGGAUGUUACCAAUCUAUUGCCAAUGGUACUUAUAUAUGUGCAAAAUAUUGUACGAACUUUACCAAUCUCCAAUAUAAACAACAGAAAUUACGAGGUAAGUAAUAAAUUCAAAUAAAAAAUUUCACAAAAAAGAAAUUUCGAAAUCGGUACGUUUAGCACUAAAGGGUUAUUCUUAAAUACAUAUAAGUAGCCACAAAAUCGUAUGUAUUAAGUUUUAGAAAAGGGGUGCAGCAAUACUGCUUGUCUCAAUUAUUUAUGUUAUUCACGCGUCACUAUCUGUUCGAAACGAAGAAUGAGUGAACAGUCACUUGUUGACUAAAUAGCAAUAGGGUGAUACUGAUUUGUUCUAAUUAUUAUGCAUACAAGUUAACAGAUCUCGGUGAGCGGAAACUACAUUAUACAAUCAAAUAACCACUUGGUAAACAUUGGUGUAUAUCGGUUGAUUACUGAGUGUCAACUAGUAUCAUCCUUAGGUGAUAUGUAAUGUAUUGAGUCUCUGGAUUGAGGAAUGUUUCAGAGCGAUACAAAACCAAUCAUCAUUAUUUUUAGACGUUAAGUAUUUAGUCUGUUGUCAAGACCCUAUAAUCAC